CUCCGAUCCAAAUACUCAGGAAGGAAUACACCACUAUUCCCCCGCUCGCUCCCUCGCUCGCUCAUCCCCUGUUUCUGUUUCUUCUUCAAGGCUCCUCCUCCGCUUCUGUUGAUCAUCUCUCUCGCUGCUGCUGCUGCUCCAUUACUGCUCCUGCUUCUGCCACCACGAUCUGCAUCGCUCUUUUUCUCUCGUCACCAUGGCGGGAGUUCAUACUGUGCGAGUGAGUAAUGUGUCGCUUAAAGCGAAUGAGCACGACAUUCAGGAUUUCUUUUCUUUCUCCGGGGAGAUCGAGCACAUCAGGCUUCUCUCGGAUGGUGAAUUGUCGCAGAUAGCCUUUGUCACAUUCAAGGAAGCCCAGGCUCUAGAAACAGCCCUUCUUCUCUCUGGAGCCACUGUUGUGGAUAAAGCAGUGACUAUUGCUCCCGCAGAUGAGUCGGAGAGACUUGCAACAAGUGUAGACAACGUUUCUCUAGAUUCUACGAGCACCGACAAGCCUUCAGAUGCUAGCGCUCCCAAGCCUGUCACAAAGAGUGCUCAGGAAGCCUUCCAAAGUAUGCUGGAGAAGGGCUACAUUCUAGGAAACAAUACCAUGUCGAAGGCCAAAGCUUUUGAUGAGAAGCACCAACUGACCGCCAACGCAUCCCAAUUAGCAGAGAAUGCCAAAGCUAACGCGUCCCAAUUAGCUGAGAAUGCCAAAGCCAACGCGUCUCAAUUAGCUGCUAACGCUAAGGCCAACGUUGUGAACAUAGACAACAAAAUUGGUAUCUCCCAAAAGUUGAGUGCUGGUACCGCGGCAAUCAACCAACAGGUAAAGGCGGUGGAUGAGAAGUACCAUGUCUCAGAAAAGACUCGAACAGCUCUCCAGGCCACAGAACAGAAGCUCAACGCCGCAGGCUCAGCCAUCGCUAAGAACAAGUACAUUCUCACAGGCACAACAUGGGUAGUAGGUGCAUACGCCAAGGUUGCCAAAACUGCCGAGGAAGUGGGCCAGAAAACAUUGGAGAGAGUCGCCACUUUGAGUGGUGACCAGAAGGGGGCAAGCUCACCAAGUAACGCUUCUGAAGGCUUUGGUCCACCCCCUCCAUACCCAGGUUCGGAUGAGUCAACCUUAAAAUCAACUUCUCCUCCAACUGACGAUCAACCACAACCCAAACCUUCAGUUACUCAGUGAGAUGGAGAGUUUUCUCUGCAAUGAGAACUCAAGUCAUUUCAAUGGUUCGGUGGAACUGAUCACCUACCUAGCUUAGAGAAGUCCACGUUGUUAAUGCAAUGUAGAACAGGAUGUGAGGUCUCAUGUACUUAUAUCUGCAGACUAGGAGCUGGGGACCCUCGUGUUCACCGCUUCAGGUGCGGUGUGGUAAGAAAAGACAUUGUGAAGACGAUUUCCUGUAGUACAUGUCUUUGUGGGGUGCACUAUUUUCAUUCAGGUAAAUUGUACCCAAGGGCAGAUCAGAAUAGGAGUGAAGCAUGUAGAACGUUAUCUGGGAUUAGUUAUUUGACGCUAGGACGUAAAUGUAGACAUCUGAUUCCCUUCUACAUUAUCAAUGAAUGUCUAUGGAAGUUGAUGUACUGGUAAA